CCAAAUUUAUGUGGGCGGGACAUGUAUUCACUUGUUCUAUACUGUUCCGGUUGAUGCUUAAGAUUUUGUAGAAUAAACCGCCAUUCAUGUAUUCCACGAUUCUCUAAAUUGGUGCUUCAACUACAAAGGCUGGAUGAGUGGUCCGUCGUUCACCUCCCCCUCUGCAGAGGUGGCAGAGAUGAACCGUAUCCAUUAUGAGUUGGAGUACACAGAGGGCAUCAGCCAGCGUAUGCGCAUCCCUGAGACCCUUAAGGUGGCUUCGGAAAACCAGAGCAGUUCUCUGCCACCCCAGCAACCCCUGCACACUCAUUCAACUCUGAUGCAGGUGCCUGAGAGGAUUGUUGUUGCAGCAGAUGACGGUGAUGCACAGUUCUCCUGUCCCAGAGACUUGGACCUGAUUCAGUCCAUCCCUGCAAUGGACCUUCUGGGCAUGAAAGCCCCACCUCGUGUUCUCACUCUCACAGAAGAACCACUGGACUCCCUUGAAACUAACCCAAGCGCCAAUUCAGGGAGCAACCCUAGCCAUGCAACUCACUCCAGAUCUGGAAAAGAACGCAGUGCCACUGACUACAUAUCUGGUCGCCACAGCAGUCAGAUUAGCAGAGGCGAAGUAAGUGUGACACCCUCACCAAUGGCACCCCCAGUCCGCCUGUGUCCCCCUCUGUGUUCCCCUGAGGAUGCAAACAUCAACCUGUUCACAACAGCCGGCUUCCUGUCCUACAUCCAGUCCACCACACGCCGGGCCUACCAGCAGGUCCUUGAGGUCCUGGAUGACAGCCACCGCAGGACACACCUGGAUAUCGCCUUGGAAAUGAACCCCGAGGACUGUGGAUUAGUGGAUGCCUCCUCAUUACGACGACAGAUCGUCAAGCUGAACCGCCGACUGCAGCUGCUGGAGGAAGAAAACAAGGAGCGCUCCAAGCGAGAGGUGAUCCUGUAUUCUGCAACGGUGGCCUUCUGGCUUAUCAACACCUGGGUUUGGUUCCGCCGCUAAGACGGGAGCAGGCUAAAGACACCCGAAACACUGAGAGCCAAAGCAAUGUUUUGUUACAGACGCAUCUAAAAGCAAGCACUGAAAUGACCAUGUUUUUUUAUUUUGUAUUAUGCUUCAAUUGCAAAUGAUUGGAAUUCAGCUUUUCAACUUGGCACCAUAUUAACACCUGGAAAGUGUUCACAGCACUCCACAUUUUUAUCUUACAGCCUUAUUCCAAAAUGGAAGACAUUCAUUUCCAUCCUCAAAAUUCUACACACAAUACCCCAUAAUGACAAUAUGAAACUUUUUUUUUUAAAUUGAUUAAAUAUAAAUAACUAAAAAAAUUAUAUGUACAUAUGUAUUGACAGCCUUUUCUCAAUACUUUGUUGAUGCAUCUUUGGCAGAAAUUCCAGCCUCAAGUCUUUUUGAAUAUGAUGCCACAAGCUUGGCACACCUAUCUUUGGGCAUGUUCAACCAUUCCUUAUUGCAGCACCUGUCAAGCUCCAUCAGCUUGGAUGAAAAGCGUUGGUUUUCUCUGUGCAAAGAGGAAUGAUUGAAAGGGCCCAAAGAUAGGUGUGCCAAGCUUGUGACAUCGUAUUCAAAAAGACUUGAGGCUGUAACUGCUGCCCAAGAUGCAUCAACUAAGUAUUGAGCAAAGGCUGUGAAUAAUUAUGUACAGUACAUGUGAUUUUUAGUUUUGAUAAAUUUGCAAAAAAAAAAACAUUUUGACAUUGUCAUAAUGGGGUAUUGUGUGUAGAAUUUUGAGGACAAAAAUGAAUGUAUAGAACUUUGGGAUAAGGCUGUAACAUAAGACAUUGUGGGUGCACUGUAGCAGGUGUAAGGCCUACAGCCUGACCAACAAUCAUACCACAACCUCACAGAAGGGGUCUGUGAGGUCAUGUUUUUGUGCAAUAUGUUAGUUUUCCUUUAGAAGUCGCACUGCGCCAACAGAUGUUACACCAAUAACGGCAGUGGCAGUGAUUCAUUGUGUAUGGGUGUUCAACGUGUGGCCCGGGGACCAUUUGUGCCCUGCAGCUUGCUUUGUUUUGGCCUACAUACAAUGAAACACAUUAUACACAUGAUAUUGAUAUGAUAUAUUUAUUAACACUAUUAAUAUUAUGCUUUGUCAGCAAUCACAUCAAGGUGCGGUGUAGGUGAUUAUGGAACUUCUAAGCUUUUUACAAUGAGUCUUUAAAGAAAACAGAAAUAUAAAAGACUUUUUGUUUAAUCUUGUUCAUCUAGGCCUCACUUGGAAGCGAUGCAGCAUCAAGGGAGACAAAAAGUCAAGUUACUGGUUCAUGCUUCAACACAUUUGCACUUUUCUCCUAGAAAUGUGACAAAUACUGAUUGUUUGACUGCUAUAUCAUGAUAAUAAUACCUUCCUUUUAAUGGUGAAAACUAUCAAAAUGGAUUCCAGUAUGUUGGACAUUCCUGCUAUCAUUAGAUGGAAAAGAAGGUUUCACUUUGGCAACACAUGUUUUGGGAGGUCAGCCCAGAAGUAAAAGCUACAAUAAAUAAAUGUUCUUGAAGACUAAAACUAAAGAUGCCAUAACGUUCCUGCAGGAUGCUUGUUGUGUGGUGUAUUACUCAAAUGUGUGUGCUGUAGUGAUCUAGGUUCAAGUAUUUGGUGUUUGACUUCUCCAGCUGUUACUCUUUUGUGUGAACCAUUCACUUCAGGAGCUUUAUUAGUCAAGAACACUUGAAUUCCAUCAAUCUACUCACUGAUGGACCACACACACGUUCCCCUGGAAAAUCCAUGAACUUAUUUUCAUCUCCAUACAAUAUUCUUAUCGCUGUUGUUUCUGUGAUGUGAAAGAUGAAUGUCACUAUAUUUAAUUUGAAAAAUUAGUAUUAGGUUUUUUUUUUGUAUGUAUUGUUCCAAUGUACAACCAUAAAUACAGAGUUUAUUUCGUA